AUAAGCCCGCCCCGCCCCUGUCCCCGCCCCUCUUCCCGCGCUGUGGCGGAGUCCGCAGUGACUAGACUGGCUGUACGCGCUGUACUGUCGUUACAGCCCCGCCCGACGGGUAGUUCGCGCAGGUCGGCCCUGCCUUGCCGGACCUGAGGUCCGUGAGCAGCUACCAUGUCGAUCUUCACCCCGACCAACCAGAUCCGCCUCACCAAUGUGGCCGUGGUACGGAUGAAGCGCGCCGGAAAGCGCUUUGAAAUCGCCUGCUACAAAAACAAGGUCGUGGGCUGGCGGAGUGGCGUGGAAAAAGACCUCGAUGAAGUUCUCCAGACCCACUCGGUGUUUGUCAAUGUUUCUAAAGGUCAGGUGGCAAAGAAAGAAGAUCUUAUUAGUGCAUUUGGAACAGAUGACCAAACAGAAAUCUGUAAGCAGACCAUUGUGGCAGACAAAUGUGUGAACCCAGAGACGAAGAGGCCAUACACUGUCAUCCUUAUCGAGAGAGCCAUGAAGGACAUCCACUAUUCGGUGAAACCCAACAAGAGCACCAAACAGCAGGCUUUGGAGGUAAUAAAGCAGUUAAAGGAGAAAAUGAAGAUAGAACGAGCCCACAUGCGGCUUCGGUUCAUCCUUCCCAUGAAUGAAGGGAAAAAGCUGAAAGAAAAGCUGAAGCCGCUGAUCAAGGUUAUAGAAAGUGAGGACUACAGUCAGCAGCUGGAAAUGGUAGGUCAGCAGCUGGAAAUGGUGUGUCUCAUCGACCCGGGCUGCUUCAGAGGAAUUGAUGAGCUGAUCAAAAAGGAAACACGAGGCAAAGGCUCUCUGGAAGUCCUGAGCCUGAAGGAUGUGGAAGAGGGAGACGAGAAACUCGAGUGAGCCGCCCGGCCCCCCGCGAGCCAGCGCCCGCCCGGCCGAUGCCUGCUCGCUCGCUCCUGUGAUUUGCCAAAACCUGCUCAAACUGUUCAGCCUUGUCUGUCUCUGGUUUAACGCCUAAGUAUGCCGUGGGAAUGAGUUAGCUUUAACUGGAAGUCGGGGUUUUAGGCACAAGUAAAAAAGCAGCAUUUUCCUGCUGUCUUCUGCCCUUCCAGCUUUCAAUAGUGAAAGCUGAGAAACCUCUUGUGGCUAAGUUAAAGUUCGUACACUACGUAAGUAAAAUAAUUUGGGGGAUAUAUUUGUGAUAAAAAAGGAGCCUUUGCUGGAAAAGAGAACACGACUCAUUUCUUUGUAAUCUGCGUGCAGCAGUGACUACUGUAUCAUGUGCUAAUUAAACAGUGAUGACUUCCGAUUAUCUGAAAAUGCAUAAUGACUGCAGGACUUCAGUAAUUCCCAGUAAACAUGCUGCCAUGUUUUAGAUUAUUCUUGGUAAAAUAGGAAGACACUUAUAUCUAAUUCUUAAAGUUUAUAAUAUAUAUUAAUAUAGCUAAAAUUAUAUGUAACCAAUAAAAGUUAUUUUAUUAAACUGG